AUGGCCGCCCUCGGGAAGGGUUUGACGCGAACAGGACUUUUACUUUUUGCAGUUGGUUUAGUGUUCGGUUUCUCGUUGACAUAUCUAUUCACCACGACACAAUCAUGGACACCGCUAAACACCAAACAUAUGUCACGUGCACAGUACGUGAAGAACAUGAUACCACGUCAUCCCGAACAACACAUGGAUGAGGAUGACGAUAACGGGCCUGAUCAGUCGGUAUUCUGGUUCGACCAGGCAUUUCACAGCCACGCAGGGGAAUCAAAUGAAGAAGCCAAAAUGUUGGCUAAGAAAGUUCGUGUUUUGUGCUGGGUAAUGACUGGACCUAAAAAUAUUGACACAAAAGCAAGACAUGUGAAAGCAACAUGGGGUCGACGUUGUAACAAACUGAUCUUCAUGAGCUCAGCAGAGGUUAAAGACUUGCCUGCUGUUGCUCUGCCAGUGCAGGAAGGACGAGAUAACCUAUGGGCUAAGACAAAAGAGGCAUUUAGAUAUAUUCAUAAACACCAUAUGGAUGAUGCUGAUUGGUUUAUGAAAGCUGAUGAUGAUACCUUUCUAGUUGUAGAAAAUUUACGAUAUUUCCUCAGUGAAAAAGAUUCGGAGAAUCCAGUGUAUUAUGGGCGGAGAUUUAAGCCCUAUGUGUCACAGGGCUAUAUGAGUGGUGGGGCUGGGUAUGUUCUUAGUCGGAAAGCAGUCAAUCUGUUGGUAGAAAAAGGAAUAGAUGAUAGUUCUAAGUGUCGGUCUGAUGGAGGAGGAGCAGAGGACCUGGAACUGGGACGAUGCAUGCAGAAACUUGGAGUAGUGGCAGGAGAUACAAGGGACGAUCUUGAGAGGGAAAGAUUCAUGCCAUUUGUGCCAGAACAUCAUCUUAUACCUGGUAUUCUCCCUAAAGAUAUGUGGUACUGGAGUUACAGUUUCUACCCAGCUAAACAGGGACCAGAUUGCUGCAGUGAUUAUGCAAUUACUUUUCAUUAUGUUAAUCCAAACAUGAUGUAUGUGCUGGAGUACCUUGUGUACCAUCUUAAACCGUACGGAUACAACACCAUCAAUCAAUGCAGAGGUCAGGCAAAUGCCAUAGAAAGUGCACAGGGUCAGAGUCAGGCAAAUGCCGUAGAAAGUGCACAGGGUCAAAGUCAGAAAACUGCAACAGAAGCACAAAAAGAUAAAGAAAUAACAAAAGAACACAAAGAAAAUACACAGUUAAAUAACAAAGAAAUAAAAGAAGAGCAUGAAGAAAAACUAGAGCUGCAAGAUAAAGAAGAAAAAAAACCCAAAGAAAACAGAGAAAUAGAAAACACAGAAAACGGAGAAGAAGAAAAGCUGGCAGAAAAUGUGGAGGAAAAGCCACAAGAGAAGGAAACUGGAGAAACAAAGGUAGAAAAGACUGACACAAAGAAAGAAACAGAAGAGGAGGUUAAACAAGAGCAAGUCGAAAUAGACGAAGAAAAAUUCCAACAGAUCACUAACAAAAUCAUUGAACAGGAAAAUAAAAAGAAAAAAAAAGUGAACAUAGACAAUGUAAAGCUAUAUCAAGUGGAUGCAGCAGCACCUAAAGAGAAAGACAAGGAAACCAUUGAUAAUGUUAAAUUAUAUAAACCAGAUAACAGCUAGCAUUAAAUUAAAACCAAAAUCAGAGUAUAAAUCAACAGGAUAUUUUUAUCAUAUUUUUGUAUAACUAAGUAAUUUGUGAUAUAUUUUGUUAUGAAGAAAUCCUACUAGAGGACCAGUCACUACAGUACAGUACAGUUCCUAAUAAAAACCAUUGUACUGAUGUAUAAACACGAAAAGGAAUUUCCAUCCAAAACAAAACUCAUUUACCAAUUGGAUCAGUCUGUUUUUGAUAGACCAGACAAUACCCACUUGGUUGAUGAUGACAGAGUUAUAAUGUGGUAAGGAAAUCCCAUGCCAAACUAUGGACUAGUAUAUAGAGAUUAUUAGAGUAAUUUCAGUUUGAUGUACAAAUAAAAUUGAAUAUUUCAAAAUGUUUAAAAUGAUAGGUGAUUAUGUAUACACACUUC